GAGUACUCUUAUGAGAGCAGCAUGGUUGAAUAUCUUGACGAAUUUUCGAUAUUUUAGCAACAACUUAGCAAGCAAAUUCGAUUUCAUCAGAAGUUUGUCAAUACAUUGAUCAUUUUGCCACAAGCCUGUGAUUAGUCAUAAUGGUUCGAUCAAAAUAUCGAGUGACGUGUAGAAAAUGAGGCAACAAAUGGAAAGCAUCAUGCCUAUUUUGGGGUUUUGUUUUGUUUUGAAAUUGAUAAUAUAGAAUCCACACUGAAAAUAAAAGUUGGGCUCGUUUGCAGUCCUAUCCUAAAGACAGGUUGAGGAGGUGGUUGGAGAACCAGUGAUGUUGCCCACAACAUGGAUAGCUUUAGUUCUUGGCUUCUGGUCAACUCUUUAUCUUCUGGAUGCAUUCCUAAAGACAAAGAAACCAUGGUCCAGGAAUUAUCUGAGUUUCCUUGAAAAGACUGGACUGUCGGUGUCUAUCUGUCAGUGUCGAUGGUAUUCAAACUUCUUCAAUCGGACAUUUCUCCGUAUCGGCCAAUGGAAACCCAAUAUUUUACGACUAUGGUUUACGGUUGGUGCAUUCUUUGGUCUGGUAGCCAUGUUGAUGUCGGUGGCUAUCUUGACGUUAUUGAUUGUGAACACAUUUCGUCAGCAGCCCGUAGAACAACAAGUUUUAACACCAGUGAUGCCUGGUAUUAACCUACCAACUAGCCAGAUAUGGUAUUAUUUAUUAACCUUACUAGUUUGUGGUAUAUUACAUGAAGUUGGUCAUGCUAUAGCUGCCGUUAGAGAACAAGUAAAAGUGAAUGGUUUUGGAUUAUUUCUGUUUGUUUUAUAUCCCGGAGCUUACGUCGAUCUGUCGUCCGAACAUUUAAAUGCGGUUUCUCCGCUACGGCAACUUCGUAUAUACUGCGCUGGUGUUUGGCAUAAUUUUAUCAUUGUGAUUGGUGCUAUUAUAAUGUUGUUAUUUUUGCCGUUUAUUUUAAUGCCUUUUUAUUCGACGGGACAAGCCGUCGUUAUCACUAGUGUGUUGGAGGGAUCACCUGUAUCCGGACCACGGGGACUAGCAGUUGGUGAACCAUUGACUAGUAUAAGUGGUUGCUCGGUGACUAAUCAAGAUGAAUGGUUUGGUUGUAUUUCAUACAGUAUAAAAGAGAGGUCACUGGGUCACUGUAUGCCAACUGGUCUCAUCCAUCAAUUAAAUACAAACCCCAUAAAGACAAAUUUAACAGAGAAUAAAAAUUUAAUAGAUUGUUGUAACGUCACCAGUGAUACACAUCUUUGUUUCUCAUAUAAUACAAAAUCAUCACCAAAUACAAAUUACUAUGAAUACAAUAAGAAAUUUGCGUGUUUACCAGCGAGAACAACCACCGAUAGACCAGUAUGUAAAUUACAGUCAGAUUGCUAUGCACCAAAACUUGAGCUGGUGUGCGCCUACCCAUUGGUGGAUAAUCAAACCAAAUUACUACGCAUAAACCACGGUCGUAAACCACCAUUAUUGUUUUUAGGACAUCCACUAGACUUACAUUAUUCUGUGAUGGUUAGCAAUUACGUACCAAAUAAUUCAUAUGUUCCUAUUCAUCUUCCUUAUAUGGUCGAAACAUUUUGUAAAUAUUUGAUAUCAUUAUCGGGAGCUUUAGUUAUUUUAAACGUGGUUCCUUGUUACGCUUUAGACGGACAGUUUAUCUGCCACGCCUUUAUAGAACUUAUGUUUAAAAGUACUGUGCCUGAUCGUGAAAUGCGGGGUCUCAUUUUUACGUUAAUAAUACUCUAUGGAACGUGUUUAUUGGGGUUAAAUGUCGUUAUGGCCAUGUGGACGUUAUUUUUCGCUUGAAUUCAUUGGAUGUCAGAAGUGGAUUAAUUUGCAUAAUCAAUUUGUGUGCGUUGUAAAAAAUAAUGCUGAUCGUGAGAAUUUAGGAUGGUGUGAAAGAUUGGAUGGCUGUGGGAAUUUAUUUAAGAUGGACGGCUAAUAGCCCUCAGAUGUCAAAAGCAGGGUUCUGAAUCCAUUUUGAAAGGAACCAACCAGAUUACCGAGUUCUUUUGUUAGUGAACUGAAAGCAAUAUUCCAGUAGCUUAUUCAGCAGGAAAAGGUCAGAUAUUAAGUUGGGACGCUAAGUGACAGAAUGGUAUCAAAUCCUCAAAAUGGUAUCAAACUCUCAAAAUGAUAUCAAACCCUCAAAAUGGUAUCAUGCCUCCAAAUGGUAUCAUUCCUCCAAAUGGUAUCAUGCCUCUAAAAAAGGUAUCAAACCUCCAAAAUGGUAUGAAACCCCCAAAAUGAUAUCACUAAUCCAAAACAGUAUCACAUCUCCAGAAUGGUGUCAAACCCCAGAAAUGGUAUCAAACCCUCAAAAUGGUAUCAAACCCCAAAAUUGUAUCAAACCCCCAAAAUGAUACCACUCAUCCAAAACAGUAUCGCAUCUCCAAAAUGGUGUCAAACCCCUGAAAUGGUAUCAAACCCCAGAAAUGGUACCAAACCCAAAAAUGAUAUCAAACCUCAAUGGUAUCAGGUGGUUGGAAGCAGAGAUAUUAAUUGGCUGAAGCACCUCCUGCUUGUUGGACCUCUCAACAUGUUGUUAAACCUCCAUGGAAAGAAUUUAUUGUGGGAUUAUAGUAACAGAAUUUAAAUAUUUGGAUGGUGGAAAGAUAAUAGAUUAAUCUCGGCCAUUUCGAACAAAUCUGUGUACAGACUUAGAUUGAGUAUCAGUUUCUAGUGAAUGCUGGAUGUGAAUAAAUUAAUUAACACCUUUCUACUCACCUGAUAGAGAGGUUUAAACAUGGGAUGUGAAAAAAUUAACACCUGUCUACUCACCUAAUAGAGAGGUUUAAACUGGGAUGUGAAUAAAUUAAUUAACACCUGUAUACUCACCUGGUAGAGAGGUUUAAACGUGGGAUUGAAUAAAUUAACACCCAUCUAUUCACCUGAUAGAGAGGUUUAAACCUGGGAUGUGAGUACAUUAAUCAACACCUGUCUACUCACCUGAUAGAGAGGUUUAAGCAUGGGAUGUGAAAAAAUUAGCACCUAUCUACUCACCUGGUAGAGAGGUUUAAACGUGGGAUUGAAUAAAUUAACACCUGUCUAUUCACCUGAUAGAGAGGUUUAAACCUGGGAUGCAAAUAAAUUAAUUAACACCUGUCUACUCACCUGAUAGAGAAGUCUUAGUCGGGAGUUCAGGGCGGAGCUUAGUCAGGAGGUGGGUGCGAGGGCGUAGCUCUUAGUUAGUCGUCUGCUGAGUGUAGAGCUUAGUCACCAGGUGAAGUUGGAGUGCCGAGCUCAGUUAUGCAAUAAUUUAGUAUCAGCAAUGUUAAGAAAGAGUUUUUGUAAAAUUUGUAUGUUUUAAUUAAAGUCACCACACCACAAGGCAGAUUCAAUAUGUGAAUUUGUUAAUAUUCUGGGAUAUAGUAAAACUUUAAUUUUAUAGAUACUUGGUAGAAAGUUUAGUUUUGCCCGGUUUUCAUUAAAUCUGAUUGGUGCAAAAAGUAGGACGACGUUAAAUCCCAUUAAAUCCCACCCAUUUCGUUAAAUUAGUUUUGUUACCGAUUUUAGUAUUUUUUAGGAGUGGCUUCGUAGAACAAUUUCACAUUUACCGCUUUUUUUCUCUAAAAAUAGAACACACUACACUACACUGUAAUCCGGGUAUCAUUUAAUCUUGUGUAUUUAGUAUAAAUUUCUUUCACAUUCAUUUAAUGUUAGAUCUUUGUUUAAAAAUAUUCAUAAAAAUCAUUUAAAAUGAGAUCUUCUUUGAUUGGCACUCAGUAAUUGAACAUAUUAACACAAGGUACAAUUUUAUAGAUACACAAUUACUGAGUUUAAUACUAAGCGACGAAAAAGGCGAUAAAGACGAGACUAUCCUCGUCGAAACGACGCUUAGUAUUAAACUCAGUAAUUGUGUAUCCAUAAAAUUGUACCUUGUGUUACAAAUGAGAUGAUUUUUGGUGAUUUUAAACAAUUUUUAUGAAUUUUUAAACAAAGAUUUGACAUUGAAUGAAUGUAAUAGAAAUUAAUGAUAACUACACACGAUUAAAUGAUACAGAAGAGUAUUUAUCGGGUGGUUAUUUCCAAUAAAAGUAGGAGCGUUGGAUGGCCGAAUUGUUAGCUCGCGCACACUGUAUAAUACGGUCUGUCAUUGAGUCAACUGGCAGGGUUUCGAAUCCCCGGUUGUACGUGACAAGGAGUAGGGUCACCUGUCUAACCUCGUGGGUUUUCUCCGGGUCCUUCGGUUUCCUCCCACUGCAAAUUAUUGAAAUAAAAUUGAACCAUUUGUUAGUCUCAAAAUGACCUAGUUUGUGUCGAGUGGACGUUAAACCACAUUUCUCUCUCUCUCCAAUAAAAGUAUGGCAAUUUUUGUAUGAAUGGAAAGUAGAAACAUCCAAUCUUACUAGAAAAAUACUGGAUUCCAUGAUUAACACCCAUGGAGUGCAUACAGGGCAAAAAUGUCAGGGUUUCCCUAGCAGCGGCAACCCAACGAUUAGUGAUGUUUGCUCGAGUAACGUCAGAGGUAGCACACUAAGGUUGUCUAAUCACCCAGCAUUAGUGAGCGCUUGAUGUAUAUGUUGAU